AUGACACGUUUCACACUUCACAAGACCGAGGGCAGUGCCCGUAUUGGGACGCUCCACACGGCGCACGGUGACGUGCCGACCCCGGCCUUCAUGCCCGUAGCGACACUAGGCUCGGUCAAGGCGGUUGAUCCGAACGACCUUCGCCGGAUGGGAGCGACGAUUCUGCUCGGGAACACCUACCACCUGUAUCUCCGGCCCGGCGUGGAGUCUGUUCGGAAUUCGGGCGGCCUCGCGGCGUUCAUGGCCUGGAACGGUCCGACGCUGACGGAUAGCGGAGGCUUUCAGGGCUUCAGCCUCGAACACUUGCGGAACAUCAGCGAGGAUGGAUAG